AUGGGUGUCAAAUUUAGAACAAGUAGUUCAGCACGAAUAGUCCUAAACUACACCGAGGAGGAGAAAGCAGUGAGCCCAGGGAGACUGCAGAGCAGGUACCGGCUGCGAGAGCCACUUAACGGGCAGAAAAUGGAUUAUCUGAUCCUAAGUCUCUCAGCAGAGAAAUACGACUCGUAUGCAGAGACCAAACCCUGGCUAAUGAGCCGGGCGCACCCGAGGAGUUUGCCCAACGGGGAGCAAAACGCCACCUCGGUGCUCUUCCGUGCUGGAACAACGCUGAGCAGGCUGGUAGAUGCAAACAGCCUGAAUGUUCACUCUAACGAAGUGAUCACUGAUGAAGCCGUGGAGAGCGUCAGCUGGCUCGCGCUGGGACACGACCUCUCGUUCAGCGGGUGCCAGCAAGGGCUGCGCUUUGUCUUGCUGGAUUCAAAGGAAUCACAAGCAGAGCUGGGCUGGACUGCGCAUCCAUCAAAUGGGUGGGAAGAAAUCAGUGGAGUGGAUGAGAAUUACAAGCCAAUACGUACGUACCAAGUCUGCAAUGUCAUGGAGUCAAACCAGAACAACUGGCUGCAGACAGGCUGGAUUGCCAGGCGUGAUGGCCAAAGAAUCUUUAUUGAGCUGAAAUUCACCCUGAGGGACUGCAAUAGCAUCCCUGGUGUGAUGGGCACCUGCAAGGAGACUUUCAAUCUGUACUAUGUUGAGUCUGACUCUGACCUGGGCCAUAGUGUCCAUGAAAGUAAGCACACAAAAAUUGACACCAUUGCUGCUGAUGAGAGCUUCACACAGGGGGACUUGGGCGAACGUAAGAUGAAGUUGAACACAGAGCUAAGGGAGAUUGGACACCUGAGCAAGAAAGGCUUCCACCUGGGCUUCCAGGAUGUAGGCGCCUGUGUGGCUCUGGUUUCUGUGCGGGUCUAUUACAAGAUGUGCCUCGCCACAGUGCAGAACCUGGCAGUGUUUCCAGACACCGUGGCAGAAACAGCCUUUGCAACUUUGGUGGAAGUUAAGGGCACUUGUGUCAAUCACUCUGAAGUGGACUUGGAUAAUCCUCCUCGGAUGCACUGCAGUGCGGAGGGAGAGUGGCUGGUCCCUAUAGGGAAAUGCACGUGCAGUCCUGGCUUUGAAGAGAAGGAUGAGGGAUGCAAAGCUUGCCUUCCUGGAUUUUACAGGCUUUCCCUCCGUCUUCCUCUCUGCUCUCCUUGCCCUGAGCACAGCUUCACGCAUGAAGAAGCCUCCACAUACUGUUCAUGCCAGAAGAACUACUCCAGGUCCCCGUCAGACCCACCAUCUGCCUCCUGCACACGUCCGCCAUCCGCUCCAAGGAACCUAGUCUACAGCCUCAAGCAGUCGACUCUGGUUCUGGAGUGGAGUGCCCCCGCGGACUCCGGUGGCCGGAGCGAUGUCACGUACAGCCUGUGGUGCAGCCGGUGCUCAGAGGCGCUGCAGGGACGGUGUGAGCAGUGCGGCAGCAGUGUGGGCUUUGUGCCACAGCAGACGGGACUUGUGGACCGGACUGUCACCCUGGUGAACUUGCUGCCUCGUGUUAACUACACCAUCCGAGUGGCAGCUGUCAAUGGUGUCUCAGAUGUCAGCCCAUUAUCAAAGCAGCAAUAUGCCGAAGUGAAUAUCUCCACUGGCCUUGCAGCGCCAACUCCUGUCACUGACAUCCGCACUGAUAAAAUUGAACAGAAGAGCGUUUCCUUGUCGUGGCAGGAGCCAGGCUUCCCGACCGCCAAUAACACUGAAUACGAAAUCAAGUACUAUGAAAAGGAUCAAAGAGAUCAGAGUUACUCAACUGUGAAGACCACGUCAACAGCCGUGACGGUCAAUAACCUGAAGCCAGGCACUCUCUAUAUUUUCCAAAUCCGAACAUCAUCUUCACAAGACUAUGGAAAUUACAGCCCUAGUAUUGAAGUGGAAACCUUAGGAGAGUUGACAGUGGUCUCCAGUGAGCAGAACCCCGUCCUGAUCAUCAUCGUUGUUACCAUUGCUGGGCUGACGGUGCUGGUGUCCAUGGUGAUUGGCAUGAUGAUCUGGAGAAGACAGUGUGGGUACAGUAAAGCCAGCCAGGAUGGAGAUGAGGAGCUGUACUUCCAUUUUAAAAUACCAACCAGGAGGACGUACAUCAACCCUGACACUUGUGAAGACCCCGUGCAGGCUGUGCACCUCUUUGCCAAAGAAUUGGAUAACUCUAAUAUUAAAAUUGAGAGGAUCAUCGGGACAGGAGAGUUUGGACAAAUCUGCCGGGGAUGUCUGAAGUUGCCCAGUAAGAGAGAGCUCCCAGUUGCAAUCCAGACUCUUCGGGCUGGGUGCUCGGAGAAGCAGAAGCACGCCUUCCUGGCGGAGGCCUGCACUAUGGGCCAAUUUGACCACUCCAAUAUCAUCCGCCUGGAGGGAGUCAUCACUAGAGGGAACACCAUGAUGAUUGUGAUGGAGUACAUGGGGAACGGAGUGCUAGAUUCUUUUCUCAGGAAACAUGAGGGACAGUUCACGGCCACCCAGCUCAUUGGCAUGUUGCAGGGAAUUUCUUCUGGCAUGAAGUACCUGACAGAGAUGGGUUACGUACAUAAAAGCCUUGCUGCCCACAAAGUCCUUGUAAACAGCAACCUGACUUGCAAAAUAACUGGUUUCAGACAGCCACAGGAAGACAAAAUGGAGACUAUCUUCACCACUAUGAGUGGGAAGAGCCUUGUGCUGUGGUCAGCCCCUGAAGCCAUCCAGUAUCACCACUUUAGUCCUGCCAGUGAUGUGUGGAGCUUUGGCAUCGUCAUGUGGGAAGUCAUGUCCUAUGGAGAGAGACCCUACUGGGACAUGUCCAACCAGGAUGUGAUAAAGGCUAUAGAAGAUGGAUUCCGCCUCCCUGCCCCGAUGAACUGCCAGCCCUCUCUUCACCAGCUCAUGCUGGACUGCUGGCAGAAGGAUCGCAAUGAGAGACCCAAGUUCUCGCACAUCCACAACAUCCUGAGCAAGAUGGUGCAGAGCCCAGAGCCCCCAAAGUGCCCCAACUCCACGUGCACCAGGUCCCACAGCACAUCCAUUCCCCUCACCGAACGUACUUUCUCAGCCUUCCCAUCUUUCAGCUGUGUCAACGAGUGGCUGGAAGCAAUAGAAAUGGGCAGAUACAAAGAUAACUUCACAGCUGCAGGCUACUGCUACCUGGAAUCUGUGGCCAGGAUGACAGUACAAGAUGUCCUGAGUCUGGGGAUCACGCUGGUGGAGCAUCAGAAGACCAUCCUGAGUGGGAUCCAGACUCUCCGGGCCCAGGUUUCAGAACUCCCAGUAAUAAACACGAAGAGCAAUGUGAAUAAGCACAGCACAACUGUGUGCAAAGCUAGCGAUAAGAAAUCUUGCCCCUGUGGAGAACUGGGCCUGCUGUUUAUGCUACAAAACCAGACAGAGCAAGCCGAGAUGAGCAUGCCUUUCAGAAAUGAGUUCUGGGUGCGCUCUGAGGAGUUUGCUUUUCCCUGAGGUAAACAAACUCUCUCCUUCCUGCCACUUGCUCAGUUUAGGCAGCAUUCCCCAUGUCACUUGGUUAGUUUUUUUUAAAGGAAGUUAUUUGUCUUCAAAUUUCACCUUUGUCCAGUCCAGUUAGUCAACCUACAUCCUGCUGUUUCAUACCCAGAAGAGUAAUAAUUAUGAACCGAAACCUUUAUUUGGUAGAAACGCCAGAUCCCAAGGAUCAAGUGCAAUUUGUUUGCUCUUUAUGUUUACAUUUUAUCUAUAGAGAAAGUAUAUUCUAGUUCUCUAGGUAGGGAGUUGAACCAACUUGAUUCCUGAUCACCUCUUCCACGUUUCCCUGCUUUUGUCCUGUUUGCUGUGAUCGUUUCCAGGAGCCUCCUCUGUUCUGGGUGCUAGGAACCACUCUGAGGGGAUUGCUGCUGCAAGGACUGCGUCUGGUUUGGUGCAUGUGGUGUGCUGGAAAAUCCAGGGUUCAGUGACAAGGGAACAGUGUGCUUCAGGGUCUGGAAAACACCCCUGGUAAUGAGCCUGGUAAUGAUAACUCAGCCUGUUCAGUGCAAAAAAUGUUAGCAGGAGAUCUGUAAUGUGUAAGAUGGUUGAGGGCUCUCUUAGUAUUUCAAGAUCCUGUGGGGGGGAAUUGAAGUCAGCAAAGAGGAACUAAAUUGCAGAAAUAGUGAUGGUAGUCAAGCACUGAAUAGAUCACAGGGGAGGUGUUAAAUUCUCCAGUCGCUUGGACUCUUUAAAUAGCAGCUGGAUAUCAUUCUGGCUGAAUGAGAGUAUAACCUGUUGAGGUGGUUUGAGGGAUUGCUGGUGCAGGCCUCAGCGACUGUGGCUCUUUCCAGGGGCUUCUCUUAGAACCAGCUGGAGGACGGAUGUUUAGCAGCAAGGCUGUCUUGGGCUGGGCGCUGCUUGUAUUUGUGCAGUGAUAAAGGCUGUGUGGGUUAAUUAGAUGCCUGGUAAAGGAGAUCAGAUGAAGAGAGAGCAUAUACUGCCUCAUAGAAGAUUAAUGAAUUUUCAAUAAAAACUAGACUAGAAUGUGAAUUUCCCUUUCUAACAGAUUAAAUAUUAUUCCAAGGAACGUUCCUGUAUUUUUAGGUCGUUUAAAAGCCUUACAGCUGAAGGAAACAUUGACAAAAGUGACAGACUGACUUGGUAAGCUCUGAUGCAUUUUCUCUCCAGCCCCUGCAGAGGCAACAGGGCGUUGUUCAUGGAGAAGGAGGUGAAGUUAAGGAGAUGAAGGAGAAAUCUAAUUUAAUUAUGAAAUGUCUCAACCUUUGCGUGUAGGAGUGACUGUGAUGGAGGUUUGUGGGCAAGGAAUAGUUCUUUGUGAGCCACUUGGCUGAUGAAACGUGUUAUGUGAACGUAGAGUGGGGAGGAAGAGGCACAGUUGCAAAUGCAGGGAUCACGAGGAUGGUGAAUGGGAGCAGUAGGAGGUAGGUGAUGGCUAGAGGGUGGGAAGUCUUCCCUAAUAUCUCAGCCUUGGGGGUGGCAGUGACCCUGAUCCACACGUAGCUUCAGGAGAGAUGGGCUAAGUGACGUUUCUCUUGAACUGCUCAGAAUAGACCCUGUCUCCAAAGUUACCGAAGUGAGAAGGGGCCGUCUGGCUGGUGCAGAGUGCUGUUGCUAUACUGACUUCAACAGAACUGUGACACUUUAAAUUAGCCAAGGAUUUGUUCCUUAAUCUGUCUGAACAUUGCCUAGCUGGAAAGAGAAAAAGCCUCAACACAGUUCAUCUAUAUUCAUGGCAAUUUCUCGUAGGGCUCCGGUGACUGGUGGCUUUGCAGGGAGCAGUAAGUACAUUUGGAAGUUGGCAUGGCCAUACAAGUGCAGAUUCUUCAUUUGUCAUUGUCCUUUUCAUAACAGUUAACCUCUAAACAGAAUUAAUAUAAAAUUAAUAAAGCUAUUGCCUUCUGUUCUAUUUGGUUUUUUCCCUUAUAAAAUGUUCUCUCUAUGCUAGAGUACUCCAAUUAAAAGUGAGACCAUUUUUCAAUAAUUUCUUAAGUGUUUCCCCCACUGAAUUAGACUCCUGCACUGUAUUCUCUAAUAUAAUCAGAAUUGAGUGCACCGUUUCUUCAUGUGAGUGUCUCCAGCUGUUCCCAAAAGAAACCUCGGUGUUUAAUUACUUUUCUGACUUGCUGUGGUGGCAGACUCAGAUGUAGCAUUUCAGAAAGCUGUUUCUUUUAGACAGUAUAAUUUUGUGGAUGGGAUUGUGUUCUAACUUAGCAGAAAUAAGGUGCAUUUGCUUUCCUAGUCUCAACUAGAGUUGCACCUUUUUCUCCUAGGAAAAGAGUACAUAAUGGAACCAUAUCUCUAGCCUAGCUUGUUGGAAAAAUAAAGACCUUUAAUUGGGCUCCUCAUCAACACUGAGGAUAAUAAACAAGAUGAACAGAUUAAUUUAUAGGUUGUCAUUACGUUUUUAAAAUUAACUUGCAUCCCAUCAGCACCUCCUCUUUGGGGAAGUAUUCACUGCCUUAUAAUUAAAUUAAUUAGCAACACUGUUUUGCAGCUGCUCGACCGAGGGAAACAUCUCAAAACAAUUUUAUUCUCUUGCCCAUCCAGCCUUUGACAAAGUGCAAAAUUCCUUCCUCUUCCAUUAGCUAUGGGAAAGCCCUAAUCACACUGAUGCUAUUAAGGGCUCAGUACCCUUUGCCGGAGCACACUAACCUUCUGCACAGGAGCAUUAGUGUUAUUUGACAUGUUUAGAGAAGAAUAAAGAAUGAGGGGUUUUUUUUGUAAUCUGCAGGCUUUGCUGAAGCCUAUAAAUAGAGUUACAAGGAGAUUAGAUUUCAGAUGUGCACACAGAGUUUAGGCAAGUUAUGAAUUCAAGGAACAGAGCAGCUGAAUGUACUUGAGCUCAUGUGCAGAUAGGCUUGUUGAGCGUACUGCAUGCAGGAGAAGCUCGCUGUAAAUAACCAGAGAUCCCUUAGCUCGUCCUGCUGGCCACUGGUGCCUUGCAGCUGUGAAGCAGGACCCUCUUUCCAUCUUACGUCCUUUGACAAUACAGCGCAGUGGCCCUCUAUCACCAAAGCACAGCUUUCCAUCAGCCAGAAGUUGGGUGCUUUUCCUCCCUAAGGUGUCUGGCAGUGACAGUGACAUGAACCAGGCAUCCAGCCUCUCGUCAUCAGAGACAGCGUUGCAGAGGGCAGCGUGAAGGUGCUGCCGGAUGCCUGCAGCAGCCUCCCAGAUGCUGCUGACCCCUCUGUUGAGGGGCAUGGGCCAGCAGCUACCAGCGCUGGGAAGAGUGGCAUUAAAAUCCCCAGGAGAGGAGUGACACUGGAGUAGGUUUCUGCGAGGCUGGCAGCACGCCCUGAGCUGGCGCGUGUUCCUGGCUGAAUGUGCCUCACCACCGUGCCUCCAGAAUAGGCCCUUCUAGGAGGGGCACUGCCCCGACAGAUGCUUUUGCUCUAGCAGCCUUAAUUUUCAGAGCAACUUGAAGACACUCUCUGACCUUGCAGGCUGUGUAGAGCUGGCAGCGAGCAGCCACCACAGCCCUUCCCAGAGGCUUAUCAGCCUUUGCAGCUUCUGUCCCACACAUCCCUCCCAAGGGCUUCCAGCAAGGACUAUUCUCUUUGAGGGUGUUCCUGCCUUCCCAGCAUCCAGCUUCCCUAUUUACAUUUGAACAAAGCCCCGUUGGUUUCCUCUAGCUCGAUCUGUUAACAACUGACAAGAUUUUCUUUUUUGGGGAGAUAAUUGGUAUCUUAACAAAAGUACCAGUGCAACAAGCACUUGAAGGGCAAAGCUGUUAUCAGCAUGCUGCUAAUGCACUGCGAUGCUAUUGGAGGGGGCUUAAUUCUUCCAUCUCAAGAAAGGAUAAACUUUAGGUCUCAGCAGAGGGCUGAGCAUGAAUGUGCACAGAACAGAACCGUCUGCUCGUUGCCUGGCUAUUAUUCUGGACGUUGGGUUUUCAUGUGUUUAGGUUGCGUCUUCAGGUUUCUGCUCUGUUCUUGCAAGAGGUUCCUAGAGCUUGUGCUCUGGCGUCGGGUGUCUAAGUGCCCUUCUCCAGGAUCACAGGGAGCAUCAGCCCCACGCAGGCAAGGUCUUUGGGGUCUUGACUUUCCUCAGACUGUGCCGGCUGCUGCAUUUGACCCAGUGCGUUUUGUUCUCUAGCUGCACUAGCAGAACGCCUCAUGUUUCUGGGCUUUUCUUCGUAUUCCUAACGAGUGUGUCUCCGUUAGCUGUUCAACUCUGCCAAUGAAAAAAGGCACAGCACAACUUCUCCUCAGGUGUCUGGCUUUGCCUGUGCUAGAGAAUAUUUCUGAUUACUGUAAUUCUUGCUUCUGCCAGGGGAGACUCUGGCAAGAAAGUGCCCUUUCCCAAUAGCUUUCUAAUGUACUUUGUCUGAAUCCUUCCUGCUGUGCAGUAUCCCGUUUUCCUUGCGGUCAGAAGAACAGGUCCUUGUGGCACGGCAGCUCUGUGCAGUAUCGUGGCACAAGCCGUUCCCAGGACUGGGAGACACUUCCCUGGGCCAGGCACUAGCUUAUCCCUACUCGCUUGCACGCUGCUGUAGCAUGUUGGUGUCUGGCAAUGCCCGGCCCAGGGAAGUGUCUCUCAGCCCUGGGAAUGGCCAAAGACCCGAGGAAACAUUAGAGUAGAAGCAAGGAUCGUGUUCAUUGGAGCCAGAAUCUAGGAAAACUGUGGACACAGCCUGAAGUGACAUCGCAAGGAGCUGGACUGCAAAGAUGCUUGGUGCAAACAGCACAUGGCUUCUUGCCAGCUGACACACACUAUAACAUUCUCUCUUUCACAUAAAACCAAAAGUGGAAUCAGGUUGGUUCAUCUCUAGAUGCUUUUUGAUAUUCAUUAACCACAAGUUAUAUACUGUAAAUACAUACUUCAAAAGUCAAUAUAUAUUUUUAUAAGCUUGAAACAAAUGUAAUAUAAGAUCACAAGGGACACUGUGCACAUUUCAUGUUUCAACUGUAGUCAGACAUCUCCAGGGAAUCACCAUGAUUUGGGAUAUUAAUAAAUAAUAAUCAAGAUGUAUUGACAUUUUUGUUAAUUUUGUAUUUAUUGAACCAUAUUUGAAGACGGCAAUAAAGAGAUGCCUAAAUACCUAAGUAAAAAGAAACACUAAUUCUGCUGUGGCUUAUCUGUGUGGGUUUAUUCCAGGUGUUCUGAUGAAAAAUGCCACUUAGCAAGGGUAACAGUUACCAGGUAAUGAAUAGUUUAAGCACGGGCAAGGUUUGAAAUAAUGCAUUAAUGUUUUAUUAAAUAGUGUGUAAGCUAAAAUGAGAAUCUUUGCUCCUUUGGCAGAGGUGGCAGCAACAGUGGGACUAAGCUACGGUUGUGUCUUGCUAUUGAUGUUUUGUUAGGGAAAAAACCUUGCUUAACUUUUGCAGCUUGUGUCUUUUCUGGACAGAGAGGUCCAUCAGUUAGCCUGCCAGGCCAGAUGUUGUUUAGGCAGGCAGAAAUCCCUUCACAUCACCCGGAGGAAUAGGUAACCUUGGAAGUGUUCACGGUGUGGAACUGUCAAUACAGGUGCAAAUUGUCAGUCGAAUGUGCGUGUUGUGUGUACGUGUGGGGAUGCUGCUGAGCAGAGGGAAAACACGGCAGAGUUACUGUGCUCGAGGUGUGUAAUUAAUUGUUUAAUUGAAUAAAUGAAAGAGUAUGGCCAGCAUGUUAAA